UUUCUUUAAAAACGUGUUAGUGAGAUAUGUGAUAUGUCAAGCGGUGACGUUGAAGAACCGUCAAAGGAAAUAGAACAUUUUGUCGAUGCGGUAGAUCGCCGUCUCGAUCAUUAUUUCUUUUUACUUUCUUGAGACUCUGCGUCUCAUCGUGACGGUGAACUACCGUAUAUUUUGACAAUUUUAAAAUAUAGUAAAGGUUAGGUACAAAUUAAAGCAAUACAAUGGCUUCAGGUACAAUAUUGCAGAAAGCUAUUGAUCUGGUUACUAGAGCUACUGAAGAAGAUCGUAACAAAAAUUAUGAGGAAGCACUUAGAUUAUAUGAACAUGCUGUUGAAUAUUUCCUACAUUCUAUUAAAUAUGAAGCACAAGGUGACAGAGCUAAAGAAAGUAUAAGAGCAAAAUGUACACAAUAUUUGGAAAGAGCUGAAAAAUUAAAAGCAUAUUUGAAAAAAAGUAAGAAAAAACCUGUAAAAGCAAGUGAAGAUAAUUCUAAAACUGAGGACAAAAAAAGCGAUAGUGGAGAUAGUGAUACAGAUAGUGAUCCUGAAAAAAAGAAACUUCAAAGUAAAUUAGAAGGUGCAAUAAUUAUUGAAAAACCAGAUGUUAAGUGGAAUGAUGUUGCUGGUCUUGAUGGAGCUAAGGAGGCUUUAAAAGAAGCUGUUAUUUUACCAAUACGUUUUCCACAUCUUUUUACUGGAAAGCGAAUACCAUGGAAGGGUAUCUUAUUAUUUGGGCCACCAGGUACCGGUAAAUCUUAUUUAGCAAAAGCAGUUGCGACAGAAGCCAAUAAUUCAACAUUUUUUUCUGUGUCAUCCUCAGACCUGGUAAGCAAAUGGCUUGGAGAGUCUGAAAAACUUGUCAAAAAUUUAUUUGAAUUAGCUCGUCAACAUAAGCCUAGUAUCAUAUUUAUUGAUGAAGUUGAUUCACUCUGCUCAUCACGUUCUGACAAUGAAUCAGAAUCUGCAAGAAGAAUAAAAACUGAAUUUUUAGUACAGAUGCAAGGUGUUGGAUCGGAUAAUGAUGGUAUACUAGUAUUAGGAGCUACUAAUAUACCAUGGGUAUUAGAUUCUGCUAUUAGAAGAAGAUUUGAGAAGAGAAUUUACAUUCCUUUACCAGAUGAACAAGCUCGUGCUAUAAUGUUCAAAAUUCAUUUAGGAAAUACUUCUCACUGUUUAACAGAAGAAGAUUUUAAAAAAUUAGCUGCCGCUACUGAUGGUUAUUCUGGAGCUGAUAUAAGUAUUAUUGUGCGAGAUGCUCUUAUGCAGCCAGUUAGACAAGUUCAGACUGCAACACAUUUUAAACGUGUAAGAGGACCAUCACCAAAAGAUCCUUCUAUUAUUGUGGAUGAUUUAUUGACACCAUGUUCACCGGGAGAUCCAGCUGCUAUUGAAAUGAAUUGGAUGGAAGUAGAAGGUGAUAAAUUAUACGAACCACCUGUAACUAUGAAAGAUAUGUUGAAAUCAUUAGCGACUACCCGUCCCACAGUAAAUGAAGAAGAUAUGACUAAGUUAGAAAAAUUUAAAGAAGAUUUUGGUCAAGAGGGUUGAUAUUCAAAUUUUUU